AUGGAAUGAAUUGUGCUAUCACCGGUACAUUUCCAUUGUAUAGCAGUAUUCAAACAGCAAUGUAUAAGCAAAUGAAACAGAAAUAGAUGUCUCAACCAAAGAUACACUAAAUUUGUAAAGAACUUGGUUUUUUUUUUAAACCAAAAAUACACUCGGCAACUUCAACAAUUUGAAGAGACAUCAAUUCGUGAUAAAAUGAUUUAUCAAUUUGAAUUUGAUAGCAUAUCUUUUCGUAGCUCAUGCGCACGAAUUCGCAUCGUUUUCUGCUCCCGUAGUCUAUGGGAUUUGUCAAGAUUGGCAAAUUGCAUGUGCAAAAUGUAAACAAAUCAAAGUAAAUUUGUGUGUCUGUUCGUAAUUUCUUCAUUAACAAUUCAAUACGUGAAAAAGGUGAACGUGCCGACGAUUUUCUUGUUUAUUCAACCAUUUACCCAACCAAUUAAAAAGAAAAUGAUGAUUUAUAAGGAGCUACUUAUGGUUUAUUGCUUGAUUUGUUUGAGUUGGUUCCUUUGUUUGACUAGUAAUGUUGAAUCGUUUACAGUGAAAAAUGUGCGUGGACGUGAUUUAGCAGGUGAUAGUAACUUUGAAUUUGAUUUACUCAAUCAAUCGUCUCGAUUCAAAAGCAAUGUAUUUACGGAAAAUCGAGACUCAGACAUGUUAGUGAGGCUUGCUUAUCGUACAUUCCCAAAAUCGGUUCGCGAAUCGACAAUUGUUGCAACGGUUCAAAUGAACAACACCAAUGGCGGCUAUUUAUUUAGCAUUUUGAAUCCACUCGGUACUGUGGUGCAAUUUGGUCUUGUUCUGGUGCCAACCAAUCGAUACAUUUACAAUGUAUCGCUAAUUUAUACCGAUGCCAAACUGCAUUUGAACAGCCAGAAUUUGGCUACGUUUCAAGUGCCAGCGUUCAAAAAUGAAACCACCGUUGGCGUUAAAGUCUUUCUGAACAAAGUGACAUUGUACCUCAAUUGCCACGAAGUCCGAUCGGUGAUUGUGAACAAUGUGGAUCCAGUGGAAAUUAAAAUCGAUUCAGACUCUCGACUGUAUGUCGGAAGUGCUGGACCAUUUUCACCAAAUAGGUUCGAUGGCAAAAUUAUAUCAUUGAAAUUGUACAGCGAUCCGGAAACCAUGAACAAAGUGUGCGCAGGGAAUAUUUGGGCUGAUCGCCCGAUGCUAUUCACUAUGCCACCAAGUUUCUACACAACACCACCAAUUUUGACUCCAGCCACCUUGCCGCCAAUACCCUUCAUCGAAGAUGAACUUAACAAUUUCCCUGUUACUGAACCGGCCGAUAUAUCAACAGUCACACCGAAAACCAAGUUCUUUCUUCGAAUUGCAGCAUUGAAUGAACCUUACUCAGGAAAUUUGCACGGGACAAGAGGUGCAGAUUUUUCAUGCUAUCGUCAAGCGGUUCGCGCUGGAGUGGUUGGCUCUUUUAAAUCAUUUUUAUCCACGCGAAUUCAAAGUCUUCAAGGGCUCGUCAGCUAUGCACAUUGGGACGUUCCAAUUGCAAAUAUCAAAGGCGAGAUGAUAUUCCGUUCGUGGAAAGAUUUAUUUGAUAUCAAUGGUGAAUUUUCUUAUCAAUCGCCACGAUUGUACAGCUUCAACGGUCGAGAUGUGUUGCAUGAUAGUACAUGGCCCCGAAAGCAAAUCUGGCACGGUUCAAACAUCAACGGAGACAAAUCGAUCGAAAGUUUUUGCGGUACUUGGGAAUCGAUUGGCAUGGAUAAAACUGGUAUGGCCGGUAGUUUAUCGCUUCGAAGGCUCAUAAACAACGAAAAAGUGUCAUGCAAAGAUGAAUUGAUUGUGCUCUGCAUCGAAACAAUCCCAAGAGAAUUGAAUGACCUGCCUGUGAACAAUUGAACAAGGCUCAAUCAAAGAAACAAAACAAUAAUAAUCUAGCUGUCAAUUCAAUUGUGUCAAUUAUUUAAUCAAUAGCUGCUCAAACAAACAGAAAACAUAUCAUAUGUGUAAAUGAUAUCAUCCGUAACUUUAUUUAAAAAAUAAAAUGUUAUGGCCUCCUAGCGCGUGUACAAUGUAAAUUC